GAAACCGAGCCCGGUGUUUCGAGUCUGGUGACCCUUCUUCAGGACACAGAGCCUGGAAUCGAUAUGGUCGAUUAUGAAUAUCUGGAAAGUGGCUUCAUAUUUGCACAGCCUUGCAAGCCCAUUACCAUCGGCAACUUCAACAGCGUCUUCAUCCCCAUCAUCUACUCACUGGUCUUUGUGCUGGGAGUGUUCGGUAACGGCCUCCUCAUCUUCGUCAUCGCGCGUUACCGGUACUCCAGGACGCACACCGACACCUUCAUCCUGCAUUUGGCAGUCGCCGAUUUCAUCCUGGUGGUCACCCUGCCCUUCUGGAUGGUGGAGGCGGUGGGCGGCUGGUUGUUCGGGGCUGCCAUGUGUAAGAUAACGGGCGGGAUCUUCGCCCUGAACCUGUACAGCAGCAUCCUCUUCCUGGUCUGCAUCAGCUUUGACCGGUACCUGGCCAUCGUCCACGCCAUCCACAUGUACCGUAAACGCAAGCCCGUCUACGUCCACCUGACCUGCAUCGUGGUCUGGUCCUUCUGCCUCCUGCUGGCCACCGUUGAUCUCAUCUUCCGCGACGUGUACCAGCCCAGCUACUCACCCCUGAAAGCCUGUACCUACUCCUUUGGGGUGGAGAGCGCCGAGGGCUGGAAGCUGGCACUGCGCCUGGUUCACCAUUGUCUCGGCUUCUUCCUGCCCGCCUCUGCCAUGUUGUACUGUUACUGCCUGAUCUUCAGGAGCCUGUGGCGCAGCACGGUCUUCGAGAGGCAGAAGACCCUCAAGGUGGUGGUUGCCCUGGUGGUGGUCUUCGUCGUCUGCUGGCUGCCCUACAACGCCGUGCUCUUCGUCGACACCCUCCAGUCCCUGGGCGCCGUCCAGCCCGACUGCUCCGGCCUCAACGUCCUGGACAUCAGCCGCACGGUCACCCAGAGCCUGGGCCUGGUCCACUCCUGCCUGAACCCCCUCCUCUACGCCUUCAUCGGGGUCAAGUUCCGCCGAGAGGUGCUCAGCCUCCUGGCCCACGUCGGUUGCCCGACUGGGAGGUUGGCAUCAGGAAGGCAGUCUGGGAAACUCAAGCGCACCAUCUCCGCCAUCUCGGACUCCGAGACCUCCACCUCGCACUCCGUGAUAUGGUAGUGCGGCGCGUCCCCCUGACUCCUUCGCGCCCCCUUCCCCCAACACCCCAAUCCUUCCCACCUCACGGAAACCACAACCUCAUCCCACCAAUCCAUCGCCAACAAAACCUCUCCACCAAACUGAGCAGACAAACCAUUGAGCGGACCACCGGGUGAAUUUGGAGAGGGGGGCGAGGGGCAGGAAGAGGGGGGGAAGACAAUUUGUUUCAUCAGAAUGUGCCCCGUCUCUGUCCCCCCCUCCACCCCCACACACACUCCUGGUGCCAAUAUGAUCUCCAAGAGUGACUCCGAGAGCAGGUUGUAAGGUUGCCCGCUGUGCUGGCAUGUUUGUUCUCAGACCAUUCUGUCUCCACGCUCGGUUACCUCACCAGUCAGAGCGUAAGACUGCCAGCUUGUACCCACAACCCUGAGCGACGAAACAUCUUCUCAAAAAUCGCAAGAACGUUCAAACUCUUCCCGGAGUUCCGCUAACGGGAAAGCGACUCCCCCUUCUCUCCCCUCGUCACCUCCUUAGGAUGUCUUUUGCAAAAAGUCUCCCCCGUGUCCCAGAGGACCAUAGGCCUGCUCUCUCAUUAGAGAAAAAGAGAGGGAUAAGGAGAUGACAGGGGGGCUGAGGGUGAAGGGAGAGGCAGAGAAGCACAGUCCUUUAGGGUUGGUGAGAGAAUAGAUCCUGUGCCCUGUGCAGCUAAGAUGAAAUCACUCUCUCUCUCUCACACACACACACACAUAUACACACAAGGAAUUUACAAUAAUUGAAUAUUGAAAUCUGAUAAACCUGUUAGCGCAGGAGUGCACAGUGAUCACGAACUUUGUGAUGUUACUCAAAGGACAUGUGUAACUGCGUUGUGAAGGAUACCGCAAACCAUCUGUGAACUGGAGAAAAUUCAGCAACACCCAAAGCCAUUUGGAAGUAACUCCUCUCACAUUCCAGCAGACACCCACCCCCGCCAAGGACCCCCCACCCCCUAGCCGUGCCCCCCUGCAACCCCCCCCCCCCAAAACCCCGGUGGGCUGGCUCACAUGGUCAGCCACCCAUUCACAGCCUCCCACGGUUAGUGGUAACGGUGCUAUUCGGCUGUGGGCAUCCUCACAGCAGGUGGAUACCAGUCCCUGAAGGGGGCGAGGGAGAGUUGGAGGAGGGGCUGCUUUUCCAAAAUGAGCCAGCCUGGACGUUGGCGUGCUUGCGGAGCAGGAAGGUUCGCUUUCAGAUGUUUCGUCACCAUACUGGGUCCCAUCAUCAGUGAGCCUCUGAAUGGAGCCAAGCUAGGCAAGAUGGUUGGGGGGGAAGAGGGGCUGAAUGGCCUCCUCAUGGAUUGGAUGUUCAGACACUUGGCAGCUUUUGUAAGACUUUAACCUCUGAGCUGGACAGCAGUAUCCCUGUGCGGAUCCUCCGUCUAACCUGUAAGCAUUAAUGAUACACAACGUUUCUAAGUGACUGUUGCAAACUAUUCUCAAGUGAGUUCUAUUCCUAGUUCCACUGCUGUUGGUGUGCGUAAGUGUUCCGAGAUCUGGCAUUCCUCACCAGGCAGCGAGACCGGACUGCACACGGAAUGCCACUGUGUGUAUAUAGUGUCUUUACUUUCUGUGGCAUGUUCAUUUGUAAGCACGUAGCAAUAAAGCAGUCCUUGUAAUGUCAUCGUCGUGUUGGCCUCACUAUCAGGACAGCAGAGGGCGCGUUGGAAUGAGGGACGUACUGUGCACAGCGAUGGGGAGAAAUUGUAGAGGGACCCACAACGCCGCAGGAAAUAGGAUCAGGAGAAGUCCAUUCUGCCCAUCGAGCCUGCUCUCCCCUUCCACGGGAUUGUGGCUGAUCCAACGUUCCUCAUGACCACUUUCCAAUGAUUCCCCGAUUGAUUGGGAAUCUCUCUCGGCCUUCAAUAUACACAAGGACGCUGCCCCCACCCCCCACAGCUCUCUCUGGUAAGGAAUUCCAAAGACCCACCAACCUCUCCCUCCCCAUCUCUGUCUGAAAUUGGUGCCCCUUUAUUCUGAGGCGGGGCACUCUGGGUCCUAGCCUCUCCCCAUGGGGAGGGGGGUAAUACCCGCUCAGCAUUGACCCUGUCCAGCCCCUUAAGAAUCCGAAAUAUUUCAAUCACCUUUUCUCUGUA